GUCGUCCUUCUCCACUUGGCCGCCAGCUAGCAUUUCCGUUCUCCGCUGAUUAUUCGUUCCCUCUGCUCUUCGCGCAACUUCCAUUCCUCCAUCGCUGUUCGCGCUUUCUACUGCGUUUCAGAACUCACAUUUGCCCCCUCGUCAAUAUUGUUCUCCAGUUAUCCGGUGCCGUGCAGUCUCCUUUCAGCGUCCCCCCCGGCUCUGCCUCGUACCCUCCGCUGUGCCCCUAGUACCUACCCGUUCUGUCCCGCUGGUUCGAUCAGAUAAAUUCAUAUGAUUCCCCCUCCUCGCGCGCCUUCCCCGCACUGCUUCCGCCGCAGUGGCAAUGGCGGAACCCGCCAGCGCCUCUUCCGUCCCGCCGGUCUCAGAAGCCAAGCCAGCAGUAUCCUCCUUUCACGUAGUAACCGUCACAACCCCGCACCCUACGGGCCUGGAUUCGGCGGCGUCAAAAGUGGCGUCACUUGCGGCGUCAGUUGCGGUAAAGAUGGAGGCGCCGUUGAUCAAGCCGUCGCACUCGCUGGGCGGCGCUCCGCCAGCUGGCACGCGCAUGCUGCUGACGAGGACCAGCUCGGACCUCGUCAUCCGCCUGCCGCCGCUCCACUGGGCCAACGCAACGCUCAGCUUCGCGGUCUGGUCGCUCCUAGCGGUGCUCGCAGUGCUGCCUGACAGCCACAACCAUGACGGGCAACCCUUGCCGCCUAUCGCGCCCGUCUUAUCCACCUUGUUCGCUCUGUUCGCUGCUCAGAAAGUGCGUGAGGCAUUUCUGGUGCGCACGAUUCAAAUCGACGGCUGUCGGCUGCUGGACACGUGGCAGCUGUUCGGGCGGCGCGGACAGGCGACCAUCCCCACCGCCUCUAUCUGCCGUGUUGAUCUCCGCAAGCAGGUGCGCGGGUGCAUCGCGACGUAUUACUGCCGAAUAUCAACCGGUGACGGGCCGCAUCCGAUGUUUGGCCACCAUCUGGACUUUGGCCACCAUUUAUCGAGAGCCGAAAACACAUGGCUGCUGCAAGAAGUGUCGGCAUUUCUGCUUGGUUUGGGAGGACCUACUUCUGGUCAAGACAGGCUUUAAGUACAGAGCCCAGAAAGCUUUCCCCCAAGUCACCUUUGCUUCCAUGGCCACAGCUUUCGAAUGAAGUCAUUUUUUGCCACCGGGAGCAUGGUAGGGGCGUUGGUGAGAGGGUGACAGGGGAAUGUGUUAGGUUGGGUGGGUGAUGGUGUGGAGUGGGAACGAAUAGCAUGUGAACCUAUUCAUGUGUUGCAUUAUCAAAUGGCGGUGUAGCGUGUUUGCGCUAUGAUCAAUCUCUAAAGUCGUCACAUGUUAAGUCAAGUAGUUCCAUUGGUUUUUAAUU